GUUUCGUUCCCCCACUUAUUUUACUUCCAUUUAUACUCUUCCUUCUUCCUCCUCUUUCCACUUCUCAGCUCUCAGUAGUUAGAUAACUCACACCCUUUUCCUUUUCAUUUGAAGCUGCAUUUGCUCUCUUUCUGCUCUCCUGUGUCCCGAAAAGAAACACCUUAUCACGUCGUCUUUAAUGGACUCAAGGGAAAUGCCAUCACCGCAUGUCCAGCCACCUUCACAGCCACCACCAACCAUGCUGAUGGGACCGAACUCCUUUCAUGCCAAUAACCCCAUGAUCACUCCCAAUUCGGCGCCUGGAAUCCCUGCUCCCUCUGCGACCACCUCUUCUUGUUCAUCCGCAGUCCGAUUGCCUUUUGGUUCUCUUGCUCCGCCACCUCCGCAGUCGCAGCAGCAACCGCCAAAACCCUUGGAUUCCUUUUCCGCCAUUGGUUUUGAUGGAUCGCCCUCGCCGUCUUCGCUGCGGUUCAACAUGGAGCCAGGGAAAAAGAAGCGAGGGAGACCUAGAAAGUACACCCCAGACGGCAGCAUUGCAUUGGGAUUGGCACCCACCACUCCCCUCUCUUCCGCUUCGGGGCUUCAUGGGGAUUCCUACGGAGCCAAUGCUACGGCACCUGGUAGCGGAAGUGCUGGCGGGGGUAUUGCAACCAGCUCUGAGACUCCGGCUAAGCGCAACCGAGGAAGGCCUCCUGGCUCUGUUAAAAAACAGCUCGACGCUUUGGGAGGGACAGGAGGGGUUGGGUUUACGCCGCAUGUUAUCACGGUGAAAGCAGGAGAGGACAUAGCAUCAAAGAUUAUGGCUUUCUCACAGCAAGGGCCGCGUAGUAUUUGUAUUCUCUCUGCAAAUGGUAAAGGCAUCACAGAAGUAGGAGAAGGAUUAACUCGACUUUGGGGAAAAUGA